UUCCUGUUCUAGCUAGCUAGCUGCUGCACCUUUGUGCUAAGCGAGAGCUAGCAAUGGGGGCGCUUGGAAGGGUUGCUUGGGCAUGGCUGCUCCUCCUGCAGCUCGCCGGGGCGUCCCAUGUCGUCUACGAGAACCUGCUCGAGGUGGAGGCGGCGGCGGCGGCCGUGCCGCCCUCCAUUGUUGACCCCCUGCUGAGGACGGGGUACCACUUCCAGCCCCGCAAGAACUGGAUCAAUGAUCCUAACGCUCCACUGUACUACAAGGGGUGGUACCAUAUCUUCUACCAGUACAACCCCAAGGGCGCGGUGUGGGGCAACAUCGUGUGGGCGCACUCGGUGUCCCGGGACCUCAUCAACUGGGUGGCGCUGAAGCCGGCGAUCGAGCCCAGCAUCCCGUCCGACAAGUACGGCUGCUGGUCGGGAUCGGCGACGACCAUGCCCGACGGCACGCCGGCGAUCAUGUACACGGGCGUCAAACGCCCGGACGUCAACUACCAGGUCCAGAACGUGGCGUACCCGCGGAACAGGUCGGAUCCGCUGCUCCGGGAGUGGGCGAAGCCGUCGCACAACCCGAUCAUCGUGCCCGGGGGCGGCGUCAACGCGACGCAGUUCCGGGACCCCACCACGGCGUGGCGCGCCGGCGGGCACUGGCGGCUGCUCAUCGGCAGCGUGACCGGCUCCGCCCGGGGCGUGGCGUACGUGUACCGGAGCCGCGACUUCAAGCGGUGGACGCGGGUGCCGCGGCCGCUGCACUCGGCGGCCACGGGGAUGUGGGAGUGCCCGGACUUCUACCCGGUGGAGGCCGCCGGCCGCCGCGAGGGGCUGGAGACCUCCGUGUCCGGCUCCGGCCGCGCGCGGGUGAAGUACGUGCUCAAGAACAGCCUCGACCUGCGCCGGUACGACUACUACACCAUCGGCACGUACGACCGGAGGGCCGAGCGGUACGUGCCGGACGACCCCGCCGGCGACGAGCGCCACCUGCGCUACGACUACGGCAACUUCUACGCGUCCAAGACGUUCUACGACCCGGCGAAGCGGCGGCGCAUCCUCUGGGGCUGGGCCAACGAGUCCGACACGUCCGCUGACGACGUCGCCAAGGGGUGGGCUGGGAUCCAGGCGAUUCCAAGGACGGUGUGGCUGGACCCCAGCGGGAAGCAGCUGCUGCAGUGGCCGAUCGAGGAGGUCGAGGCGCUCAGAGGCAAGUCGGCCACUCUCAAGGACAGGGUGAUCAAGCCAGGUCAGCACCUCGAGGUUACGGGGCUGCAAACGGCACAGGCUGACGUGGAUGUGAGCUUCGAGGUGCCGAGCCUGGCGGGCGCCGAGCGGCUGGACCCGGCUCUCGACGGCGACGCGCAGCGGCUGUGCGGCGCCAGGGGCGCCGCCGUGGAGGGCGGCGUGGGGCCGUUCGGGCUGUGGGUGCUCGCCUCCGCCGACCGGCGGGAGAGGACGGCGGUGUUCUUCCGGGUGUUCAGCCCCGCGCGCGGCGGCGGCAAGCCCGUCGUGCUCAUGUGCACCGACCCCACCAAGUCGUCUCUGAACCCAAACCUGUACCAGCCGACAUUUGCAGGUUUUGUUGACACGGACAUUUCAAAUGGGAAGAUUUCUCUGAGAACCCUGAUCGACCGGUCGGUUGUGGAGAGCUUCGGAGCCGGGGGCAAGACGUGCAUCCUCUCCAGGGUCUACCCGUCGCUGGCCAUCGGCAAGAACGCCCGGCUCUACGUGUUCAACAGCGGGAAGGCGGACGUCAAGGUGUCCCGCCUCAUGGCGUGGGAGAUGAAGAAGCCGCUCAUGAAUGGCGCCUAGCUAGGCCUGAAUUGCAUCACACAGGAGCUCCCAUCGAUCGUGUCUGGUCCACGCUUAGCGCGUCGUGUUUCCUUUUCAUUUCAGGUGCUGGUUAGUUCCACGUUUCCAUUGAUUGUUCGUGUGAUGGAUCGUGCUCCUUUGUACAAUGGCUUGUGCUAGCUGUGCUUUAAUUUAUAUGAUGAGUACGAUUUCACUAGCUAGGAAAAAAGGACGAGUAUGAUUGUACCAAGGGGCCAAUGCAGAUGCCACUACGAAUAAUAAAACUUGUAGGUGUUCUUGGUGCGCAUUGAUGAUAAACCGGCGCUAAUUUA